GCCGUUUCCACUGUCAUGCAGUCAGCUAAAUAUAGAGGCUGGUGCAGGUCCAAGUCUGUGGCUGCCAGGCCGGCCAGUCUCACUUCUCACAUUCACGUCGUGCUCUCUCUCCAAUCUCACCUACUCUUCAUUUACAUCAAAAGUUUUGGAUUGCGAAUAAAUAACCACGGUUGUGUGGACUUCAGCCCCUCUGUUGGACGUCGUAUGUGUUUUCAGGGGAUGGUGUGCGCACUAGGGGAGAGUCAAGCCCUGUGCAUCGUGCGGGACCUGUCCACAAACCAAGAUGGCUCCGCUCCCAUCUACGAGUGCCAUGUUCCUGGAUCUACCACUGUCCGAGACUUUGUGCAACAGGUUGCCUCCCACUUCAGCCAUGAGCCACAGAACAUUGAACUCAUCCUCAGUCUUCCUAAAGGAGAGGAGGUAAAGUUGAAAGAGUCUUCUGAUGAGACCCUACAGUCAAGUGGGGUGAGGACGGACAACAACUCACGCAAUUCGUUUAUUUUACAAACAUUGAAAACUGCGAGGGCUCGAGCCUCACCCAGAGCUAAGGAACUGGAUGAGGAACUUAACCUGGGAGCUUCAGCUUCUCCUACUACUGCUGGGGAUUACCCCACUUACCAUAUCCCUUCCUUCCUUUCCAGUCAGGAGAACCCCCCAUACAACACUGCUGGACUGAUCAAGCAGGACACAGGCUAUGUAGGACUGGUAAACCAGGCGAUGACGUGUUACCUCAACAGCUUACUGCAAGCACUGUUCAUGACGCCAGAGUUCCGAAAUGCUCUCUACAAGUGGCAAUAUGAUCCCCAAAACAACUCCGAUCCUGCUAAGUGUAUCCCCUAUCAGUUGCAGAGGCUUUUCCUCAAUUUACAGACGUCCAGCAAGACAGCAGUUGAGACAACAGAGUUGACGAGAAGUUUUGGGUGGGACUCGAGUGAAGCAUGGCAGCAGCACGAUAUCCAGGAGCUAUGUCGUGUUAUGUUUGAUGCCCUUGAGCAUGUCUUUAAGAACACCAAACAAGCCGACCUUAUUGAUCGUCUCUACCAAGGUAAAAUGAUAGACUAUGUAAAGUGUCUGGAAUGUGGUAAAGAGAAGUCAAGAGAAGAUACGUUCCUGGAUAUCCCGUUACCUGUCCGUCCUUUUGGCAGCACAGUGGCUUACGGAAGUGUUGAGGAAGCUGUACGAGCCUUUGUACAGCCAGAGACCCUGGAUGGUGCUAAUCAGUACUUCUGUGAAGCUUGUAGCAAGAAAUGUGACGCACACAAAGGCCUAAAAUUUACCAAAUUCCCAUAUUUACUUACUCUCCAUUUGAAGCGUUUUGAUUUUGACUACAAUACUAUGCAUCGAAUCAAGCUCAAUGACAAGGUAACAUUCCCCAAGCUCCUGGACCUGAACAGUUUUGUGGAGGUCCCAGAGAAUCGUCAAGGACAGGAGGAAGGCAGUGAGGGGCUACCAGACGAGCUGACAGUUAGCAAGUGUGAUGAUAGCAGCACUACAGACAGUGGGUCUGCGCUGGACGAUGAAAGCUGUCCAGGCCCUGCAGACAUCAACCUGCCACCUGUCCACGACAACAAUCAGGAGGAUGAUGAAGGGAUUGAUGUGAGUGGAAGCGGACCAAACCAACAGGAGAAUGAGAAAAACAGAAGACAUGGCUUGUGCAAAGGCCCUUACCUGUACGAGCUAUUCUCUAUCAUGAUUCACUCAGGCAGUGCGUCUGGUGGUCACUACUAUGCUUACAUCAAAGAUUUCUCUAAUGGUGAAUGGUUUUGCUUCAAUGACACUUCAGUAUCCAGGAUAACAAAUGAUGAUAUCAUGAAGACUUAUGGUGGGGGUGCACUGAGAGGAUAUUAUUCAGGCGCCUAUAGCUCUAGCACCAACGCCUACAUGCUUAUGUACCGCCAGAUCAACGAUGACAACUGUGAUGCUAUCAAAGUCCAGGACUUCCCCCCUCAUAUUAAAGAAUUAUAUAGUGAAUUGAAAGAAAAACAGGAGACUGAUCGUAGAAUUAAGGACAGACAUUUAGAAAUGAUCAAACUGAAAGUGUAUUGUGAACAUCCCUCGAAAGGAAUGACAGAUGUAAAGAUUUAUGUGCACAAUGACUCAACAUUUGGAGAAGUCACAUCUCGAGCAUAUGAAACUUUGAAACUGGACAGUAUAGUUGCUCCAGCUGACUGCCGGCUUGUGAGCUAUAACCCUAACCAAGAGUCUAUUGAAGUCAGCUUUGAUGGCCGAGAAACAGAAUCUAUGUCUGAAAUACUUGUUGAUCUUAAAACCGAUGACAUGCUACUGGAGAUCAAGAAUCCAGAUGAUGAGUUUGAGGUGUACCAGCCAGGAGAUAUAUCAGUUAAAGCUUAUUACGUUGACCUGGAGAAAGAAGAAGUCAAAGUUCCUCCAUUUUUAAUAAGAAGUCCACUCAGUAACACAGUGGGAAAUUUAAAAGAUAUUAUAACAAUGAAUAUCCGUGCAAAUACACCAUCAAAUAACAUGGUAUUUGUAAUUGAAAAGUACUGUUAUGAACUUUCCAUCCUUGAAGAUGACUCUUCAAGUCUUCAACAGUCUGGGUUCUCAACGUCUAAUAAGAUGUAUGUGAGCAAUGGGCCGUUGGAAACGCCCUUCGUCAACUCCAAACUUCACACACUGAUAGACAGGUUUGAAAAUGUCAUCACUCUUCAUCUCACCUUACCUGAAACUGAUCCAGACACUUUAGCGAGAAUGUCAAUACCAAGCUUGAGUGCUGUGCAGGCAGCGGCAACAGCUAAACAGUCUGGGGACGCUGCAAACCCACCUGUGGAGAAAGCGGCAACAGAGCCAGCUGUUAUGAGCAAGGUGUGUGGAGCGAGAGGGCUGAUGCUGCCACUGAUCCUGACUGGCGCAGGAGAUGAGGAGAGUGGCGGGAUCAGUGGUGGGGCUGGUGGACACAGUGACCAGAGUACCAGUGAAGACAGCAGUCUCACUGACAGUGACAGAACUCUGAUCGGAGAUGUGCAGGAUGAGUGUGUGAGUGAUGGUGACAACCAGUUGGCUUCACCUUCAGAUGAGGAGCCUAAUCCCUUGCCAGCACCAGAAGAAGAAAAUUGGGAUGAACCUUCAAAUCAGCCCCCACCUAAACAGUUCACAUAUUUUAAGGCCUUGCCCGUCAGUGGUGAAUGUAAGAAAACACUGACGCUGUGUAUACAAGUAGAUAAGCGGAUGACGAUAGAAACGCUUAAGAGCUGUUUGGAGCCAUACGUGGGUGUACCGGCAUCAUGUUUUAAGCUGUACCGCAGUGGCGGCACUGGAGACUAUGAGACACCACGCACAAGACAGUGUGAUUCCCUUAGUGGACUCAAGAGUGAUGACACUCUUGUCGUGCGUUUGGGACGGCAGCUCACCUGUGAUGAACACCGGAUCAAAGUCUACCAGCUGGUGCUCAAUUCAACUCAGCCAAUCAAAUACCUGUGUGAGUGGAUCAUAGCAAAGGGUAUAACUGUAGGACAAACAAAGAAAGAAAUCAUAAACGAUUUGAAUAAAAAGCACAUGAACCUGGAGUAUAAUAGGUGUCGUAUGAGGAAAAAGAACUGGAAGAAUGUAGGCCGGAUAUACCUGGAUUCGCAAGUAUGGGUAGAUGACGUCAUGGUGUACAGCAAUGGUGACGUGUUCCUGCAGGAGUUGUCAGAACCGGAUACAGUCACCUCCACCAACCAGCUGAGCCUGUUUGUGCGACACUGGCAUCCUGCUACACUCACCCUAGACCCUUUCCAUGAGAUUGUAUUGGACAGCUAUUAUGUUGAUGAACUGAAAGAAAAGUUGUCAGAGAAGAGUGGCAUAGCAGAAGAAUACAUAGAUUUCGCUAAACCAAGUGGUUUCUUCCCAUGUGACAUGUCAGUGCUUAACAUUCACUCGGACCUGGAGUGGAACCCUAAGACCACUUCUCUAGAUGCCUGGCCAAUACAGAUCAACGAGGAUGGUGGAGUCCUGUUCUACAAGGAUAGUCGGGAAGAACUGAAGACACUGACUCAAGAUGAGCGCAAUGAACUGUUGACGAAGGAGUCAGCACGGGCAGGUGCAGCUAGCACUAUUAGCACGUAUUCACCACGAAAGGAGCGGCCACUGAAGAUAUACUUAGAUCGGCGUUGCUGUGUAGGCGAGGCAGAUGUGGACUGAGUUACCAUACCAUUCUUCUUUUAACAUGCAUUUUUGAAAUAGGCGUAUUAAUAUAUUUUGUCGAGUCAUUCACUGUUUUAAGUUUCAUUAACAGCCGCCUAAACUCACACCUGUCAUUUGUGCGCAACAAUUACAAGGCCUACCGAUAUUCUGUUGAUAACAGUUGGCUUUACGGCUUUCAGUGGACAUACACCAUUAUGGCUUUGGAUUGAGAAGUAUUUCAAGGUCGAACUUGUUAGCAUGGUUGUUUGAAACAAUUUUGCCCUUUUUUGUUCAUUUUUGUAAAGUGAAAAUUUUCUACUUUUGUAUGAACUGACACUGGUUUUGGUAUAUGUAGUUAACACCAAUAAAUAUUAUACAUGUUUCAGUUCAACCUGUAGUUACCGAUUCAAAUUUGAAAUAAAGAUUGUUCCUUUUCCAUUGAGUUUGAAUUUGGAGAGAGUAAAUGUUGUGUUUUCAAUGAGAAGUGGUACAGUUUAUUGAUCAAUAUUUAGUUAAAUACCUAGCCCAUUUAAGACUGGACAUAAAAUUUAGAAGCUAGAACCUAGUAUUAGAAUUUUUAAAUAUCUAGCACCAACACGCAUAUUUUUCACCUUUAAGUAAUCAAAAUAUCAAACCAAUAGACAAUAAUAACACGUACACAAAUUAUUACUUUCUGUUGGAUGAAAGUACACUCUAUUUUUACAGUAAUUAGAUAACAACACUAAUUACAGACUAUAUAAACCCUAGACCUAAUCUGAUAGUCUUCAAUAUCACCCAAUUUCUCAUCAAGUGUUCUCAUUAUCAGGUUCCACAUUGUUUUCAAUGUUUUUCACAUUCACUCUCACAGCCACCUAGCCAUCUUCUAAUAAAAUAUUGUCAAUCAAGUUUGUAAAAUAAUUCUGGUUUACAUUAUAAACAGCUGUUUUGCAAAGUUGUAACCACUAGCAAAACGGAUAGUAGUAUUUGUGACACAUGAAUUGGUGGACAGGCAGCUCCCGUCUUUCGUCUUAAAUGGGUUAAUAAUUAUAUAUUUUAUAUUUUUAUAAUAAAAAGAGUAAUAAUGUUUAGAAGAUCACACAACUACUUUUUUAAAGUUAAGGUUAUUACAGAUGUUAUUUACAAUAUUGAGAAUAAAUUGUUAUUUUUAUAUAAAAAAUUCUUUUUUAUAAUUUAUCUAAAUAUGAGUUUUUUAUAAUCAUUUACUUUUUAAAAUUAAGUAUUUAAAAAUAGAGUUUUAAGGACAUUUUUAAUAUUGGCUGUUUUUUUAUUUUACAUUUUCAGUUAUUAUCAUAUUUUACAUGUUACAAAUAAGACUAUAAAAGUUGUGCAUGAUGUGUGUUUAUUAUUGAAUAAGUAAUUAAAUUCAAUUUUAUGAUAAGCAGACUGUGAAACAUGAUGGAACCGGGUGAGUUAUGGAAGAGAGUGCUUGAAUGUUUGUAUGCUUGAACAGCAUGAAUUAAACACAGAUGUCUAAUAUGUAUAUCACUAUUGCAUAUUUGCAUAAUUUAUCUGAACAGUAUUCUGUAGUUGUUACAUUUUCUAUUUUAGUACACUUGUAAAUUAAUCUGGCAUAAGAUGUCACAUCUUGUUCAGCAUUAAUUAUAUACUUAAUUUCUGUCUAGCUUUAUUUUAUUUUUGAUUAUUUUAAUCCUUUGAGUACCAUAAUAUUGUCAUUUUUAACGAAUUAAGGCAACAUCUUAAUCAAAUGAUUAAUUUUUCUUUGACGGAAACUGUAAACAAAAUUACUAUUUAUUUUUCUGAGAGUGAUGAAAAAUAAGAAAAUGGAAUGCAUAAAAUAAAGGUUGAACCAUAUUUUGUUAUAAAUCAAACCGGUUUUUAAUGUAAUAUGUUUUAGCUUUUUAACUACUUUCUGUAUUCUUAGUAUUGUUACUGGAGACAAAAUCAAAGGGAAAUUAAUAUUUCAAACACCCAGCAAAGAAAAUAAUGGAUGCUCUUAAAAAAAUGUUUUAUUAUAAUAGUGGUUUACAAAACUAAUCAAUUCCAUCCUAAUCUUUAUUUUUAAGUGAAUAUAGUAUUUUUAACAUGCUAUCAAUUAAAAUAUUUUUUCCUGGAACACGAAAUAUAUUUCUAAAUAUUAAGCAAUACAUUUAGUCAUGGAGGUAAAACUGUAAUAUUCUGUGCAUUCAAAGAUCUCUUAUAAUUCAUGCUGGUUAGAUUAAAUGUUGGUAUAAUUCUGUUGAACUUAAAACAGUGUUAUUUUUUUAAUUACUGAUUUUUAAGCCUUUUAUAAUAAUGUAAAUAACAUUUUACAUUUACCUUCAAAAUCAUAUAAGUUUUGUCUGAAAUGUGUAAUAAACAUAAUUUAUGCCUGUGUUAUUUAGUGCAAUAAGUUUAUUUAUAACUGGCUUUUGUAAAUUUCAUCUUAACAUUUUUCAUGACCUCCACAGCCAUUUUAAAAUAAGCUCUGUAUUUGUAAAUAUCGCUUGGUUUUUCUCUUCUGAAAUACUAUUUGAAAACUCAAUUUUGCAUACUGAUAGCCUGAAUUUUUAUCCCCUCUUCACGAAAACUGCAAUGAACAUUACAUAUCUUACCACUUGCAAACGCAUAUGUGCCGCUUUGAUCUCUCAGCUGUCACGGAGUGAGGUCGAGGUGUAUACCUGUCAUCAGGGAUCCCGAGCUUUGUAUCAUACACUUUACAUAUGUAAAUAGUCAUAUUUGAAGCAGUGUUGUAAUGCCUUAUUGAUUAUAUUUUGUGUCACCAAAUUUUUCGUUGCAGAUAAGGUGCUUUACGGGGAAUACGUUUUAAGGUAUUUUCUAAUGUGGACAUUUUGUAACAUAUCUGAAGUAGAAUGUGAACUGUGCUAUACAUUUUGCGAGCAGUUAGCACUUUGUCAGAGGCAAAGGGAUAAAAUAUUUAUAUUUUAUAUACAAUUUAAUAUAACUGUAAAUACGGUUGGUUUAAACGAGUUGGCAUGACAAGACAUUUUAUUGUUCCCAGCCUGUAAAAUGAGUAUAAUAUAUUUAAACUAAACAUUUUAUUUUUGCAUUAAGUGAUGCUAUAAUUUUGUAUCUUUGUACAAUGUAUUUUAGUAUUUUUCUGCUAUUUUAUUUUAUGUAAAUUAAAUUAGUUCCGCAAUAAAAAACAAUUAUUUAUAUUUUCUUGUUUUGACUAUGUUGUAAUAUUUCUUUUGGGAUUAUUCAAAAGUCUAUCCUCAGUAGAAAUAACAAAUCAAUAAUUAUAAUUGUGUAGAUCUAACUGAUGGUAAAAUAAAUGGUUAUUAAUCCAAACCUGUUUACCCCUAUAAAUAAUCUGUUCAGUUACAUUUCAAUCAAGCUUGUUAAUAUUUUUUUAGUCUUUAGAGGAGAAAAUGUUGAAUAAUACUGAUUUCGCUUUGUGAUAAUGUAAUCUUUAUGCAACGAAACUCCAUCUUAAGCUGUAAACAUUACAUAUUCCCAGGACCUAAACAGUUGUUGGAAGAUAAAAAUGUUGUACAGUUAUAUAAUAGGGGUUUUGAGUCAGUAUUUGUGCUUCCAUUAUAAAUUAUCAAUAUAUUGUAUUUCUUGUAACAUGCAAACUAGAGUAAUAAUGUUGGUUUUGAUAUACCAAGUUACAGUCUUAUUUUUCAGUAGGCCUAACUUUUGAUUAGUUCACUUUAUCUCUAUAGCCUUAUGAUCUAUGUUAUUUGACUAAGUUUAACAAAUCAUGGGGAGUCACAGUAAAGAGUCUUUUAAAUUAUGCAAUACCUUUGUAUAGAGAAAACAAUCUUGCAAGAAAUGAUGAUCAAACAAUAUGGAAAUAUGUUGUAAAAUAAUAUUUGUUUAUAGCAUUAUAAGAUAGAUGUAUGGAUUUUUUUUAAUGGGGUAUUUGUAUGGAGCGCUGUUGAGCACAAUCAUUCUGUUUGCUUUUUAUUAAUUUUAUUCUAUUCUAUUCUCAACUGAACAUUUGUAUCAUAGUGUAGGCUUCUGGUAAUCUGCUUAAAUACUAUACAACAGAUUUUUCAGAUAAUUGGUUUAGAUUUCUUUUGAAAACUAGAUUUGAUUAAUAAGGCCUUGUGAGCUACCAACAUAAAUUGAGAUCGUGAAUAAUUUAACCUGUAGGUUGCAUUUCAAAGCAAUUUAUUAAAUAUUGUUGUUUUAAGAUUGUUGUCAAGAGGAAGUUGUCAGUUACCUCUACAAACAUUUAUCCUUAAUUCAAGCACGGUAAAUUUGUUAUUAUUUGUGUUUUAAAUAUCUUGUCAUGUCAUGUCAGUACAGCUUGAUCUAAAUAAAAAUCAGAAGCGAUGUCGAACGCUCGCCUCAUUAACCUUGUUUAUUGUGGUUUUCUGCAAAUAAACAUGCUAUACAGUA